CAAAUUUUGGUUAAACAUGUCGGAGGUUUCUUGGGAGGCAGGUAGGUCCCCUGUCCAACCCGGUAAGGACCACAAGUCAAGUAGUUCAGAGCAGGAUGAGAUUUUAAGGAGAGAUGAAGUGAAUUCCUCGAACAAAAUUCUUUCCAACCCUUCUUCCGAGGCCGAAGAGGAUGGCACUAGACACAGACAGCUUUAUGUAGGAAAUAUACCUCCUGACGCUACGGUGCCCCAGAUACAGAAGCUUUUUGAAGAGUUCCAACCUAUUGCUAGAGUAGACUUGAAGUCAGGUUUUGCUUUUGUCUUCUUGGAGGAUGGGGAACAAGCUGAACGUGCAAUCAGACUACUUAAUGGUACAAAGAAUGAAGAACUGUUUGGUUUUCGUACUUUGAAGGUCGAAUAUGCCAAAGAUGCCUCUCUUGUAAAGCAGAGAGAGGAAGAAAGGAAGCGUCGUGCAGAGCGAAAUCCUACCGAGAGCUUGUUUGUGACGAACUUUCCUUCGUACUUUCGUGAGAGAGACUUGGAGCGUAUUUUUGAUCAGUUCGGAAAGGUCGUUAAUGUGGAAAUUAUUCGAAGCUAUGCUUUUGUUACCUUUGCCUCCAUAAAGGAUGCUUCUUUUGCAUAUGAAAAAAUGCAUCAUUUUACCCUAGAUGACGGAAGGGAGUUACAUGUGGAAUAUGUUACUGCAAACCGUGUGGGAAGACGAUUGCCUCGUGAACGAGAGUCACGUUUUGGUUACAGACGACGUUCACCCCGUCGACAUCCUUCCACGUCUCCCCCGAGAAGAAGGGCACCUCGUUCAAGAUCAGGGUCUCUGGAUCGUGAAGACAAGAGAAGGAGGCUUGCUGACUAUCGUGUGGGCUCGGAACGAAAAUAUUAUUCCCGAAGGACUGGCGCACGGAUUUUAUCUCCUCAGCGAGAGAGAAGCCCGUCACGUUUUGUUAGUGAGUAUUCCAGAAUGACUCGUAGUCCUCCAGUUGGACGUGAUUUGCGUAGGGAAUAUCGUGGCGAUGAAAAGGAUAGGACGAUGAGAAGACGUGAAAUAGGUGGAAGUAACAGAAACUUUUCGCAGGAAGGAGGAUCACCGCAAUAUUCUCACAGACGUGAGUCGCCAACCCCGCCAAGGGAUAGGGAAAACUCUCCUAUAACUCGAAGAGCUGCUGAACGAAGAGAGUUGCCACAAAGAAGAAUUCAUUCUCCUGUAGAUUCCGAUUAUUCUCGACAUAGAGAUAAAAGUGGUCUCCCAGAAGCUUCAAGAAGGGAAGGCUAUCGUGAAGUUGACAGAGAGCCUCAUAUCAACCACAACGGAGAAGGACAGGCACGGAGUAGUCCAGAUCGUUACGAUAACAGGAGGCAUUCUUUCCGUCCAAUGCGCUCGUAUGAGGAGAGAGACUAUCAACGUAGAGACCGUUCCUCGACAGAGAAUCGUAACUCUGGAAGAAGAAGAUCAGUUGAAGGACGAGCUCGUUGAUUUCAGUUAUUCGAAGGAAGUUCUUUAUCAUCAUAUUUUGUCGUUUUCUUGGAUAAAGAAGGCUGGAGAAGAGUACUCAACAAGUAUAUAACUAGUUUAGAAAAGUUUUUCUGCUACAAUGUUUCAAAACUAUGACAACAAACCCAGCGAAAGAUCUGUCCAAAUAACACAACAACAACAACAACAACAACAAGAGAUUACAGUCAACCUCAACGCUAGUUAUUUCUUUUGCUUUUGUUGACAGUACCAUUUAGCACUGACUCGCGAAUGCGACGAAAAAUGUUUCCAUCAAGUUGUUCUGGGGGUUUCUGCUGACCACUCAGCCACGAGUACAAGUCGGGGACUUCACUGUGUAUAAGCUUCUCGUACUCUUGGACUUCUAACUCGGACAGUUUUGGAAGGUUCUCUUCAGCCCAACUUCCAAGGAUUAGAUCAAGUUCAAGGAAACCGGUCUGUUUACUUCUAUAAAGCAGUUUUCGUUUAUUCACAGGUAAAGGAGUCACUAGGUUGUAAGAACUCAGGCAUCUAUGAGGCCCACCUAUGACAGUGUAACUAACUAGAGACUGUAAAUAGCGAACCAACAUAGUCAACGUUUUGGUUCCGCUUUUGCAAUUAAUGGAUCAAAAAAUCGUAUUAUUCACAUGAAUUGACUCUUCAGAUUAACUCGUGA